CGCUCAAGGAGCAACCAAAAAUUUUCAAUCAUGGCCGACGGUAACAUGAAGAUGCCUCGUGAGAUCCAUCCUCUAAGUCUUUUCGAUAAAGCAAAAGCCGAAGGCAGGCCUCUAUAUGUAUCUGGUCCUAUGGUCCGCUAUAGUAAACUUCCCUUCAGGCUGCUUGUCCAAGACUACAAGGUUGACCUUACGUAUACACCCAUGAUCCUGGCCCAUGAGUUCAUCCGUCAUCCAGUGGCACGUUCUUCAGAUUUCAGUACCAACCCCACCGAGGGCCCCGUAAUCGCCCAAUUCGCAUCGAACGAUCCAAUCGAAUUUGGACGCGCUGCAGAGAUGAUUGGGCCUUGGGUCAAUGGUGUUGAUCUCAAUUGCGGAUGCCCACAAUCAUGGGCUAUGAAAGAAGGAAUCGGCUGCAGCAUGAUGGGUAAUCCAAACAAAGUCGCUGCAAUGAUGAAAGAGGCAAAGCAAAGGAUCGGACCUGGCAAGACUGUGUCAUGCAAAAUUCGAAUCCACCAAGAUCUAAACGAAACUAUCAAGUUCAUCAAAGUUGUAGAGGCCUCAGGCGUGGACUACAUCACUAUUCACGGACGUCUUCGCAAUCAGCGCUCGAGUACACCACCAAACUUCGAGGCCAUUAAAAUGCUCAGAGCACAAACUACAUUGCCAGUCCUAGCAAACGGCGAUGUAUACUCUCUGGAAGACGCCCAUCGGAUAGCCAAGGAGACUGGCGUUGACGGCGUCAUGGCAGCUCGCGGACUCUUGGAGAACCCGACCCUCUUUGCAGGUUUCGACAAGACGCCAAUCGAGGCUGUAUCUCAAUUCGUACACUAUGCUGUUCAGGGUAGCAUGAGGCACGAGUUGGUGGUGCACCAUCUUACCGAGAUGCUGGGUAGCACAACUACGAAAAGAGAGAGGGUAGGACUUGCGGCCUGUAAUGAUAUGGUGGAUGUGAUUGACUGGCUUUCCUCUCCUCAGAGGUCACUGUUGCAAAGACCUAUACCGUAGUGUUGUUCCUCUGACAAUUGCGUAGACUGUUGUAUUCAGCGCACAUCUCGUGGGCCAACUACUCGGUUGCUUGUCUUCUUAUCUCUCGCAAAAAGGUUAUUGACUCGCAUCCCAACAAUUCGAGUGGUUCGUGUCAGUGUUGUACCACGAUUGACAUGACUCUUGACCAACGCACGGUUUCCUUGCUAUUACUUCAAUACGGAUUUGUGGCCAUGUCGACCUAGAG